UUCCAUGGCAAGUAGAGUUCCUAGUCGCCAAAACGAACGGCGGUGGAACUACACGUCGUAAGGCUAGAAAGAUUGAAGCUCAGCUUGACGAGCAGAUGCAUUCUUACCGCAGGCUUUUUUCCACUAAGUCUGAUGGUGCAGAGAGUGAUCUUGAAGCUGGGAUUGACUUACUACUAAGGCAACUUCAGCAAGUUAAUGCUCAGAUGCAAGCAUGGAUUUGUUCAGGGGGCUCUGAAAUGGUCUCCCAUACUUUAACUCGACAUCAAGAGAUCCUUCAAGAUCUCACGCAGGAGUUUGAUCGACACCGGUCAAGUCUUAGAACAAAGCAAGAGCAUGCUUUACUUCUUGAGGACUUUAAAGAAUUUGAUCGGGCUAGAUUAGACUUAGAAAGUGGGGAUGGGUCUACAAAACAAGCACUGCUCAAUGAACAUGUGGGAAUCAACCGCAAUACAGCGCAGUUCUGCAAAGAAUCGCAAUUCCUAUUCAUUGGUGGAAAAUUCAUAAUUUGGGAACACUUUCUUGAUGCCAUGGUGACGAGUAUGAGUUGA